AUGUCGGAGUUUCUGGUGGGUCUGCUCGGGGAGCGGCUCGUCAACAGCGAGAAAGCCGAGGUGGACGUGCAGUCUCUGGGCGCCAAGCUGUCCCUGGUCGGGCUCUUCUUCGGGUGCAGCCUGAACGGUCCCUGCAAGCAGUUCAACAGCAGCCUGUGCGAGUUCUACAGCAGGUUUAAGAAGAGCUCCGAGCACAAGGAAAAAUUGGAAAUCGUUUUCAUCUCGUCUGAUCAGGACCAGAAACACUGGCAGGGCUUUUUGCAGGAGAUGCCGUGGCCUGCGUUACCUUUCAAAGACAGACACAAAAAGAUGAAGCUGUGGAACAAGUACAAGGUGACCAGCAUCCCUUCGCUGGUGUUUGUGGACGCAGCUACGGGAAAGAUCGUGUGUCGAAAUGGUCUUCUGGUGGUCAGAGAUGACCCCAAAGGCCUGGAGUUCCCCUGGGGGCCGAAGCCGUUCGCAGAGGUGGUGGCAGGGCCUCUGCUCAGGAACAACAGGCAGACAACAGACCCCAGCUCUCUGGAAGGGCACUACGUGGGAGUGUAUUUCUCAGCACACUGGUGUCCACCAUGCCGCAGUUUGACCCGGGUUCUGGUGGAGUCCUAUCGAACAAUCAAGGAAUCGGGUCAGAAGUUUGAGAUUGUGUUUGUAAGCGCUGACAGGUCAGAGGACUCCUUUAAGCAGUACUUCAGCGAGAUGCCGUGGUUGGCAGUGCCAUACUCAGAUGAGGCUCGGAGGUCACGACUCAACAGACUCUUUGGAAUCCAAGGUAUUCCCACGCUGAUUCUGCUGGACGCAGAGGGUCACGUGAUCACGCGGCAGGGCCGGGUGGAGGUGCUGAACGACCCGGAAUGCCGGCUUUUCCCUUGGCACCCGCGGCCAGUGCUGGAGCUGAGCGAGUCCAACGCCGUGCAGCUCCACGAGGGGCCCUGCCUUGUCCUGUUUGUGGACGCUGAGGAGGAAGGAGAACUCGACCCAGCUAAAGAACUGAUUCAGCCAAUAGCAGAGAAGCUCAUGGCCAAAUACAAAGCCAAGGAGGAGGAGAUGCCACUGCUGUUCUUUGUCGCUGGAGAGGAUGACAUGAGCGACUCGCUGCGAGACUACACCAACCUCCCCGAAGCGGCUCCUCUGCUCACCAUCCUUGACAUGUCGGCUCGUGCCAAGUACGUCCGUGACGUGGAGGAGAUCACGCCGGCUGUUGUGGAGCAGUUUGUCAACGACUUUCUGGCUGAAAAGCUCAAGCCGGAACCCAUCUGAGGAGAGAAAAGCCCGCCGGACCUUAAUGCGCGGGGCUCACCCUGACCCUGAUCUGUUCACUCACCCCUCACCAGCCUCAGCCUCGUCUUCACCUCCCCCCUCCUGACUGUUAAAAACACAAAAUCUCAUUUUUACUGACGUUUUGUCUUUUGUUCCUUUUUCCAUGGAGUCCUCUUUUUCUCCUGUGGUGCCUUUGCAUUGACUUUAGUCCAUACAGUAAUAUAUGUGGAGUUCCCCCCCCCCCCCCCUUUUUUUAUUUUUUAAAUAUUUUUACACAGUAGCACAACAGUGUUUCUGAAUUCUAGAGAAAACCAGAAAAUUACCCAGUGGACCUACUUGUUAAGGCUUUGCUUUGCUGUUUUGACUGCAAAAUCAGUGUGACCUUUGGUUUAUGGAUGAUGUUAAGAAAAUAAAACAUGCUCACAAGUCGUGCAGACAGUGGAAAUCUCAGUUGGAUGUAGCCGAAAACUCUUAAGAGGUGCACGCACAGUAAACAGCACAUAGCUUGCUUGUAACUGACCAAUGACUGAUGUUUUAAAUCUUGUUGUGAAAGUCAUUUCUAGCCAGCUGUUAGUGACGAUUCUCAUCUCAGAAUCAUUUUGAGGAUUUUCUGUGAAGGUCCCCUAAUGAGGAAAAAAAAAAUAGCCAGAUUGUUUCUGGAGGCACAAAAAAUGGUAUUUUGAGAAUUGUCGAAUGUAUGAAUUGUUUUAUUCUGUUACUUCAGCCACAUUCAGUGCACAAUAAAAAAAAAUUCACUUGCAA